GAGAUUUGUAGUGGAGUUUGGUCCUGGUUUUGAUCGGGUGCUGGACUUUGUUGUUUUGGCCCGUCGAUGUUGAGGAUGACGUCAUGGUCGUUGUUUCGUUUCGAAUGUCGGGAGCUCGCGUUGAGUAGGAGGCCGCGCGCUCAGCUGGUGACACAACUAGUAGAAAUCUGAAGCCCAAGGUCGUCGACAGCCACCGGUAUCUUGAAUUUCAGGAAUAUCUUCUCCCAUCCCCCUUACCCCCUCUGUCAAAGCAUGGCUCAGGAGACCAAUCAGACGCAGGUGCCAAUGCUUUGCACUAUGGGAUGCGGUUUCUAUGGUAACCCCCGCACCAACGGCAUGUGCUCGGUCUGCUACAAGGAACACCUGCAGAGACAACAGGGAGGGGGACGAUCCAGCCCCCCGGGAGAGAAAGCAGCUACAUCACCAGCAGGAUCACCAGGACCAGCUGCUGUGACUUUGGAGAGCACAACAUCAGAACCCAGUACAGAGGUUACAGGAACCCCUCCUGAGGAACAAACGACCAGUCCCAGUUCUCCCAGCCCAGUAACUCAACAGAUGACCACUAUGAGCAUCUCCCAGGAAUCGGGAACUGUAGACGCUGAUCGAGCUGAGACUGAGGAGGGAGAAGAGGAGGGUACUUCUAACAGCUCAGAGCCAGUGGGGGAAGCAGCACAGGUUUCAUCUGAUGGAGAACAAACCCCUGAUAAAAACAAGAAAAAGAACCGCUGCUUUUCUUGUCGAAAGAAAGUGGGCCUUACUGGCUUUGACUGUCGCUGUGGCAACCUCUUCUGUGCCAUUCACCGUUAUUCUGACAAACACGAUUGUCCCUAUGAUUACCGGAGUGCAGCUGCUGCCCGCAUACGCAAGGAGAACCCCAUCGUGGUAGCUGAGAAAAUUCAGAAAUUAUGAGGACUGAGUACAAAAAAAGUCUCUCUGACUUUGUGAAUUUGAACAAUGGUGACUCAAUGAAAAUACCUGUUAUCAUGGCUUCAUUUGUUCAUGGUAAUCCAAGAUGGGUGGGUUGGGGUGGUGAGGUCACAGCCACUGUCCAGACACUUCCCUUACUAUCAUCUCCCUCUCUCCACUAGUGACUGUGGCUGAACCUGUGUGUGUGUGUAUCUGUAUGAAAGUGUGUGUGUGCACAUUUGCUUGAGAGUUGGGGAGACAGCCGUAGGGGCUUGGUGAAUGUAAGUGUUGCAGUGAAGAGGGAAGGAAUUUGAUUUUCCCCCUUUUUGUUUCUCAACUUGGGGAAUCAUGUGGGUUUAUUUUUAUACAAUCCCUGUAAAGUAGUUGAAAUGAGUCAGGGGUAAAGGAAGGUGUCACAGCCUGGAUAAGGACACACAGGUUUAGAAGGCCUUGGGAGUUUUUACAAACUUAACUGGGAAAGUUAAUGUAUCAGCAAGACCUUUUAAGGGCUUUGAAAUAGAGUUUUUUUUUCCUCCCAGAAUUUAAAUGAUGUCAUCUAAUUGUCAAAUUGGCAUUUUUACCCCUUCCACCUCCUCUUACCUUUACUUACCACGUGUUGAACUCCCAAGUUUCAGCAUUUUCCAGAAAUGUUUCUCUUUGAUAUAUUAACUUCUCAUUCUGAUAUUGGGUGCAUGAACAAUUAUUACCCUGGGGGGGCAGGGCGGGACGGGACGGGACGGGACAGAGUAGGGGAAGCUGAGAAUCUUGACUUAACUGAGUGAUUGAAUUCUUUUUUUUUUUUUUUCUUCUUUUUGUUUUAAUGAGUGUAUGACAGAAGAUCUAUAUUAAUAUAUUGUAGUUAGCUUGAAUUGUGUGAUUGCAUUCUAUUUAUUUUUAUCGUUUGGUUGGUCUGUGCUGGAGGAUUGGCGGCAUGUGUCAGCAAAUCAUUAAGAUUUGAACUUACCCUUUUCAAUUUAAGUAAUUCCAUCUUAAUUAUGUAACCUUUUGAAGAAAAAAAUACACAAGAUCUGAGGUGAUGGAGUAGAGUCCAGUUAAGCUGUUACAAUUAAGACAUGCAGUAAAAUGUACGUUAUUUUGGAUUUGGAAGCCAAGCACAAUUUAACAGUGUCAGCUACAAAGUACAAGUUGAUGUGCUAUGCCUAUUUAGUUUUAUUCAGCAUUUGGGUCAUUCAGUUUAUAUUUGAUCUGUACAGCAGGUUUCUUGAAAUGUCUGUUCACUUAAUGAAACUUUGUGUAAGGCAGUGUGUUCUCCUUGAAUGCUCUUUUCCAUGGAGUCAGAGUGAAGCUCCAUGUUUAUCUAACCACCAGCAGACCACUAACACAUGCUGAAUGAAAACUGACCUGGGUCACAGUUAAUCUGCAUAUUGACACACCUUGUUCUCAUUCAAAAUAAAGGCCAUUGCAAUGCUGCUGUGCUGUGCUGUGCUGUUACAACAUGCUCCAAUUCAGCCGAAUCCUUACUUCUAGCUAGCUUCUUGUAGGAACAUCAAACUUACAUGCAUGUGUGCAGACAAACAUAUAAGUUACUGUUUUGUAACUGGCUGCACAGUUUGAAAUGAAGCUGGAAUGUUUAAAAAGCCACACAACAGUAGCACAAUGCAUGGCCAGAACUUCGAGAUUCACUUUAACAGGACUCUACUGUGUUUUCCCCAAAUGUAAAUACCAUAUGGCUCCUAUUCAUAUAAUAUAAUCUUAUUGUAGAUCUUUGCCACAUAAUAAAAGUGGGGGACUAAGGUGACGCAUAGUACUAUGUGUAUAAAAGUGCUUUUAAUAAUUAUCCCAAAAAAAAAAGUGCCACAAAUGGCACAGUAUUUUCCCCUCCAUCUUAUUUACCACAUCAUCUGCCCAUGUAAUGUCCAGAGUAUGUUUCUUAACAGGUUCUACCAUGAGUUUCUCUAUGGGCCACGUGUGGCUUCUGUUUUACAAUUCUAGUCAAAUUAUUAAGAAGCUCUUAUAACAUUUGUUAACCUCUGUGAAGUACACAGUAUUCCAGUCCAUGCUUUUAUCUGGUUACUGAUCUAUUCAUAGCAUAGCGAUAUUGAACGUUAAAAAGGCCCCUUGUGAAAUGUGAAGGGGAAAUUCAGGUUUCAGCUUUUCAUUAUCAAAAGCUUUCCUUGUAAAUGUUGCUUGAUCUUGAUCAUCAAAUAUUUAUGGAAGUGUAUGCAUUUUCUAAAUAAGCCGAUACAGAAUGCAUUGGACAUGAAUUAGUUUCUUCUUUGUAUACACAAAUAUCAUGUUGGGCCUUGUUGAAUUUUGUUCUGGCUCCUUUGCUGGGAAACUUGGUCUUCAUCACAACUCAUGUUUAAGUCUUAGUAUUGAUGAUGGACUAGUCUAAUUGACUUUGCAGUUUAUCAUGUCAACAUGGGGACUGUUGACCUGGGAUAAGAAGGUUCAUCUGAAACUUGGACUGUGAUUUAAGUAUUUCCUUCAUUUGGAAAUUCUAAUUUCAGAAGGAGUUUAUGGGGAUUCUUGAGUGAUGAUUAUGUACUAGUAGAAUAAUUGUUUUUAUUUAGGGAAACGUGGUUGGUGUAGUUCUGUGUUCCCUAUGGUGUAUGUUGUAUUUCACUAGUCCUCAACCACAAUGCUUCCAAAACAAAAGUAAUCAAUCUUUGCUAAUUCUGAAAAUGUUGACUGGCUCUGGUUUGUAAGAUGUGGCACUGGCAGGGUGUGAAUUUUGCUUAAAAAUGACUGAACUUUGUCACAUGACAGAAGGAAAGAUCUCUGAGCAGAACCAGAAAUUGUAACCAAAACUCUUGGGGGAUCUAAUGACAAAACUUCUUGUUUGUGGUACAACAAGGUUCUUGGGUGAAACUUUACACUGAUACUGUAUCUCAGGCAUGACAAGCCACACAUUUUUCAUUUAACUAAGGCACUUAUACAGACUCUUGGUUGUAUGCAUCAGUCCAUAUUCUCUGUUGAAGUCAAAAGAUGCCAUUGUCUUUACUUGUCCAUCAUUUAAAAGAUAAGUGCCUGUCUUACAAGCUAUAGCCAGUCACCUCUUUCAAAAGUCAUAUUUGAUGUCAGCACCUCAACAUCCAUAAAAAUCAAUACAUUUCAAUUUGGAAGCAGAGAAGUGUAAACCAGUGUAUUCAUAAUAAUGAGACUUGCCUGCUGGGUUGGUGACCAUUUGGAAAAUAUUGUUGCCAACAAAAUGUUGUCUCUCUCUCUACAGAUUGACAGUCCUUUCAGAGAAAAAGCUCGUUUUCAGGUGAUUGUUCAGUUGUGUAAAUCAUGUGGAUUUCAUGGUUUACACUGUUUUCUAGUGACUGCCCAUGCCAUGCCUGCUAUUUUUCCUUAAUAAAUGUGAGUAGUUUGAAUGUAAAUCAUGCAAUAAGCUGAAAGGUCAUUUAUCAAACUGCUUGGCCCUAGUGCUGACUAUGUCAGAGGAUGGAGGCCCAGUUUUCUUGCAUGAUUUGGGAGAGUUGGACAACUGAAGUAGUUUGGACUGUUUGUGAUGAAGGACUUGGUGCCAGCAUUUAGGGCAACCACACCUAAGUAUUCUAGAUAUUGUCAGUUCAUAUACAUUUUUCUUCCUUCUGUUUUGUUGUUUUGAUAGAGUAUUGAUGUCUUCAGGCCUGUCUUUAGUACAGCCUCUCUUAAACAAUAUCUUCAUCAUACAAGGGUUUUGAUUGAUAAAAAUGAUAAACCUGCCAUUUAUGGUGAUUCCGUUAACUUUAGAAGUAAAGACUAAUGAAGAUUAUUCAUUGUCUUUUGAGAUGAGCUUGAAGAACAUCAAAUGAAAUUUACAAUGUUCACAGAGCAGUAGUUCUUGUCCCUUGGCACUCCAGUCCCCCAGAAACACCACCAGAUAUCUUAUUUUGUUUUUCUUUAAAGAUUUAGGAUUGUAUGAUGUGUAAGAGUAAGUAUAAAACAAUAAAAUCACAAAGUUUAUUUUAAA